CCCUAGAAAGAUGAGAUCAAAAUGGUCGGGCCCGUAUGAGAUCAAUCGAGAGCAAGGGAUAUUCAAAGUGAACGGACACCGCCUAAAAUGCUACCUCGGAGGUGUGGUGAUGCCGCAAAAGGAAGUGGUGCUUCUAUAAGAUGUUUAGUCCGAAGGCCCCGUCUAGGUUGAGACGUUAAACUAGUGCUUGUUGGAAGGCAACCCAACGGAGGUUUGUGCUUUUUAUCGGGAUGUGGAAUAUUGUUAUGUGUAAUAACCUCGCCUCGAGCUAGAAUGUGCUUGUGUUUUGUGUGUUUACUCCUACUCUUUGGAAGCUCAAAUCUCCUAUCAUGGAAACUGUCUCACUUUCACUCUCCAAGCUUUGCGAUAACGUCGCUCUCCCCCUAUUUUACGCCAUUGAGGGCAAUGUCGAGCUUAAGUGUGGAUUAUAGUUUAUUAUUGUGAUUGUGUUUGUGAUUGAUUGCUUGGAGCCUUGAUUUAUGCCCAAAUUUUCAAAUUUGAGUGCUCAAAGCGUUGCAUGAUCAAAGUGGCCAUUUUGUGGGUGAAUCUUGUGUUAUUGGCAUUGACCGUGAUUCGAUUGCAUGUGAUUGAGUGUGUCCUAUGAUGAUGACUAGGAAUUGCAUUAGGUGUGUGCAAAAUCCUAGUUCUCAUGUGUGCUUAAAUUAAUGGAUGCCUUGACUUGGUUACUCUUUGAUCACAAUUGUCUUGCAUAGAACUUUGUGAAAUUGGAGUAGACGAUUGGGUGAUUAGGUAGCCAUGUGAGUUUUUUGCCGAUCGUCUUCUUCUUGUGUUCUUAGAUCCCUCUUACCAUGGCAAGCAACAUUCACCGUUCUCACUAGUGAGUAUGAUGGAGGCAUAGGAUUAGUCCACGCCCAAAAGUUUAUUUUCCCGAAACAUCUUAUCCCCUAGUCAACCCCUUUGAGCCGUUUGACUUUGGGGGUCGUUUUAAUACUAGGAGCUUUGUGCUUGUUGAGAUUAAUGGUGAUUGAUAGAAUGACCCCAUCUCCUUUCUUCGUGUCCAAACGUGAGUCGUCCUUGUGUCUCGGAUCUCUUGCUCUUGAGCGCCAUUGAGGUUCUACAUAGGAGGAUUUUGCACGGUUCUUCCUAGGAAUGAAGAAGUAGUGUUGGAGGAAGUUCUAAAUAGAGAGUAUUGUUCAUUAAAUGUUAAGUUGGCAAGUGUUUAACUCUCUAGUACCCCCCCCUCCCCCUCGAAAAAAAUAGAGAAAGAAAAGAAAAAGGAAUGGAAAGUAGAAAAAAAAGAAAUGAAAAAGAGGUAAUAAAACAGGGUAAAUAAAAGUAGAGAGUUGCCACAAAAGUUUAAGUGUAUGCUCUAGAAAGGGUUUCUUGGCACUCAAGCCAUUGAAACACCUAAGUGUUUGUUAACCUCCUUCACUACUAUGAUUGAGAUGUGGAUAGCAAGAAUAGACCAAGGAAAUGUGCUUGAAUGUGGUUCGUGGUUUGUAAUGGUUUGGGAGAAGGGAUAGUGGUGUUUGGUCAUUGCUAGUGGUUGUUGAUUGUAGGCAAGGUUCUGGUGAAACCAUGGAACCUUUGGUUUUAGGUUGAAGAUUUAGGACCUCAUGCUAUGUUUUCCACCACCCAAAAGGUCUUUUCGCCAUGUACAAGACAAUUGCCAGUCAUUUGAACCCAUGUCUAAGACCUACGGACAAGCUAGUGAUGAAAAACGUUCUGUGAACUCUAGCGUUUAGAGGUUGCCGUCGUGGUGAAGAGACGAUAGGGCUGAGUGUUGAUGGUUGAGCACAUCUUUUGCACCAAAUGGUUCUGACCUCACUGGCCGAGAGUAAGUGAUUUACUCAUGUUUUGUAUUAUCAUAUCUUACCCCGGUGAGGACCUAUGUUGCCCAUUCGUUAGUGCCUUGGACUUGAACUCUAUGCACGGUUAGUUGUGGUUGGUGAGUAUUCUUGUCGAGACUUGUGUUGGUUUGUGAACAGGGUGAUAACUUUUCAUUUGCAUGUUCUUGAUGCAUUUGAAUGGCUUGUUAGAUUGAUAUAUCACCUUGUUUGGAAAUGGUUUGCUUUGGGACAAACAAACGUUUAAGUAUGGGGGAAUGACUCGGGUCCAAUUGUACAAAUUUUAUAAGGGAUGGCAACAAAAUCCGAACCCACGGGUACCCACCCGACCCAACCCGGUCAAUGUGGGUAAAAUCCGUGUUGACGGGUUUUGGGUCGGGUUUGGGGUUAAACCCGUUUACUAUUCACCGAGUUGGGUUGGGUUUGGGUUUAGCUAAACCCGACCCAUGGGUACCCGCCCCACACCCAUAUAAUUAAUUUUCUCGGUAUAUUUAAUAUUCUAAACAACUAAUCUUAUUUAUGUUUGUGGAGACAUGUCUAAUUUUUUCUUUUUAAUCGUAUAGAAUGAAGUUGAUGUUAUCGAGUGAAGAGUGAAGAAACUUAAUUGAAGGGAAGAAGCUUUCAGUUAAUCAUGUUAUUUAUGGAUAAUUUGUGAUUUGCUUCAAUUUUCUUGAGUUUUCUAGAUUGGUGUUGAACAAUUUGUAUAGUUAAUUUGUGAUUUGCUUGAAUUUUCUAGAAAGGUGUUUUAAAUAUGGAUAAUUUGUAUUGAGAAAUUGAUAUUUGACUUUAAUUUUGAUAUGAACUUGUUAUUGUAAAUUUUUUACGACAAAAACCCGUGGGUACCCAUGAACCCGCGGAUACCCAGCGGGUUGGGUUGGGUUUGAGUUUUUCAAACCCAGUGAAUUUUACCCCAGGUUUUUUUUACAGAUAAACUCAUGGGUUUGGGUUUGUCAAAACCAGACCCAACGCGACCCAUUGCCAUCCCUACAUUUUAUCCCUGUUUUCCUUGGACGUUUGAUGCAUUUGUACUCUAUGAGGUGUGGUUUUACGCUAGGUUGCACUUUGUUUUAGUAUGUUUCAGAUCCUAGCAAGUGAAACUGAACCCGGAAUCGAAAGUGGGUUGAAAAGGAGUGAAAACGAGUCAAAGGGUGGAAGCAACUGAGCAUCACGGCGAAGACCGUAAACCAAACUAGUUCACAGUAGCUAAGACCGUAAACUAAAGCCCCCGACCGUGAAGCGCCAAGAGUCCAGAAGUGGGUUGAGCAUCUCACUGGAUCCCAGUUAGUUCAUGGUCGCUAAGACCGUGAACUCAAGCCCCAGACCGUGAACAGACUAAGUGAAAUGGUGCGGAUUUGAUCAACAUCACGGUCUAGGAAGGAUGUUCACGGACGUGAACUGGGACCAUGAACUGACUUCAACCUGAAUAUAAAAGGAGGCCUGAGCUGAAGGAAAAGGGGAGAGACCUAGUGUGAGAAACUAACGAACUAAAGAAGAGAUUAGGGUUUUAUCUCCAAGCAAGAUUUUGGGAAUUUCUUCCCCAAAGGAGGAACUCUACACCACAAGGAGAAGUUUCUUCCACAAGAUGGUUUUCCUUCUUCUCCCUUGUGUUUCCUCCUUACCUAACAUGAAGUAGUUUCUCUUUUAACUUGGGUGUGUGUAAACUCUAGCUACAAUGUUGUGAAUGUUUGUAUGGAUUGAAUGAUUAAUGUGUGGGUGUGUUUUAAUACAAAGUUAUGAGGUAUUUUCAUGAAGAUUUAUUGUGUUUGUGCAUUUCAAUGUCUUAUGUUAUUUUAACCUAGGUAGAGGGGAAUCUCCUUUGAGUAGAGGUUUGUAAAAGCUGGAUUUCCUUGGGCAAUUUUUGUCUCCUGCUUAGGUUAAAUUAGGGCAAACCUCUUAAUUUGUAUUAGCACCUAGGCUUGGUUGUAAUUUGGCCGUCUGAACUCCGAUUCGAGGGUGAAGUCUAGGGAACCCUUGGUUGAUAGGCCAAGAGAGCUACUUUGGUAGCUUGAAUUGGAAUCCCUUGGCCUAUUGACCGAGCUAGUGGCUUUGCUUCACUAGUUGCACUUCCCAACGGUUUACAACCUCCUUUACCACACCUAUGCAUUCGAACUGGCAAGUCAUUAUUGUUAGCUAGGGGCAGCAGCACUCGGGUGAAGCAUUCUCAAUUAGUGUCCAAUCCAUUUAUUUUUCCAAAUGUUUUAGUUAUAAAUCGUCGUUUUCACCAAAAACCAAUUGCUAGAUAAUGUUUCAAACAAUCGACUAGGGUCCGACCCGAGUUGACAUUUAACAUACUUGCCCUAUAUUGCACCCAAUUUAAGGUUUAUACUUGGGAAUUAAUUGGGACUUUUACUGGGGUAUUCAUGAUUGAGUCAAGGCAACCAAAAGCUGAUGAUAGGCAAUGGGAGUAUGAUCGCCAGGUUGAACGUGAUUGUCAACUGAUGAUGGUGAUGGCCGAAGCCUUCCUAUUCAAGAGCAGGCGUCCUCAUCUUGUCAUCGUGCACAUCCACAUAAAUCAUUAAGGCGUAACAGGGUAGAAGCACAUCAAUGCUUAAUGCAACAAUAUUGUGUUCCCAAUCGAACCUACGAAGCUAAGCUCUUUAGAAGGAGAUUACAUAUGUCCCUCUCCUUGUUCAAUCGAGUUAUCAAUGGCGUUGUUCAAUAAAACUCCUACUUUCAGCAAUGCCGAGAUGCUGUGAGUCGCCUAUGAUUCUCCCCAGAAGCAAAGCUUACUACUUCCCUCCUAAUGCUUGCAAAUGGAUGCUUAGCCGACUCCUUAGAUGAGACCUUUGAUAUGGGUGAGACCACUGUAUUGUAGUGCAUGCGGAAAAUUUGUAAUACCAUAAUAUGAAUCUAUGGCCCUAAGUAUUUACGAGCACCAAAUGUGGAUGAUCUUCGCAUCCUUCUCUAUCAUAGUGAUCGGUGUGGCUUCCCGGGUAUGAUAGGGUCGAUCGACUACAUGCACUGGAAGUGGAAAAAUUGUCCAAUGGCAAGGACAAUAUAUAGGGCGCAAUGGGUGGCCAAUCAUUUUUCUUGAAUCUCUAGCGUCAAACAACACCUGGAUUUGGCAUGCCUUCUUGGGAAAUCCCGAAUCAAACAACGAUAUAAGCACGCUUGGAGUCUCCCCGCUGUUCGAUGAAGCAGUCAGAAGAAAUCUUCCAAAAGUCAGGUAUCAGUAAAUGGUACAAAUUACGAUCAAUGUUACUAAUUGGCUGACGACAUUUGUCCCGAAUGCUACAUUUGUGUAAACCAUUAGCAACCCUAGUAACUAGAAGAAGCAACUGUUUGGAAAAUGGCAAGAGGCAUACCACAAGGAUUUUGAUAGAGAUUUUGGCAUUCUACAAGAAAGAUGGGUCAUUGUUAGACCGCCAGGUCGAUAUUGGGAUGUACAAACAAUGAGAAAAAUCAUGCUCAUAUGCGUUACUCUACACAAUAUGACAAUUGAAGAGCAACAAAAUGAGUUUGGAGAGGAACAAGUUGAGAUGAUUGAAUAUGAGACUAAUCCAUAUUUCACAUUAGAUCCACCGGAUCAUGACACUCUGACUCUCGUGGAGUACAUGAUAAGGCAUAAUAGGAUUCGUAACCGUGAAAGGCACCAUGCGUUGAAAGCGGAUUUCGUUAAGCAUUUGUGGAUAAGAGAAGGAGGAGGGGAGUAGAAAUGUGGUGUGACUCUAAGUUUAAUUUGUGCACUUUCGAAUUUGUGUUGGGUGUUGAGUUUGUUGCAUGUCUUUUGUGCAAAUUUAUUGUUGUGCUUUGAACCGAUUGUUAUCAAUGUACUUUCCAUAUUCGAGUGUCUUAAUAAAGAAAGUUGUUGCAUUAAUAAUUGAACAUAAACAUAUAGUCGUAUGGUGUUGGUAGGCGAUUUUGUCUGUUGGGGACAAAAAACAAACAAACCAAAUUAAUUAUUAAAGAAAAAAUAAAAAUAGAAAUAAAUAAAUCCGCCAGGCGUGCCGCGUGCGGCUCGGUGGUGGGCCGCGUGCCUUGCGGUCCUGCCCCGCCCCGCCCCUCCCUCCUACCUUCCUCUUCCUUUUGUCCAUUUUUUGGAGUAUUUUCCCACCUCUUUUUUCCUACUUUACCUUUUUUCCCUUCUUCACUCUCGCCCCCGUCCCCAACAUUGUGGGCUUCUUUCCUAUUUUUUCCUACUUACGCCCCAACAUUGUAGCCUUGUAGGUAGUCUAAAGAAAAUUGUUUUGCUCCUGGCAUUACUUUUUUAUUAGUUAUUUCAAAUUAUCUGUAAAUUUUUUCAAUUUUUUAAUAUUUCAUGUUGAUUUAAUUGAUUUAUAAUCAUAAAUUUAUAUGUUAUAUCAAAUAAAAUAUGCAUUUCCAGAAUAAGAUUCAUAGAGUUCAACUAACAUUUUAUCUUCAUGUUUAUGUGAGUGAAAAGGUUAUAAAUUAUAAGGUAAGUGUUAAACACAAUGAUGAUUUGAUAUUACCAAUCCUAUUGUGAAAUAUCAUCGACGAACUUUAUCAAAUUAGAUGUGUAAUUAGUAUCACCAAAUAGAGUUUGCCGUAAUUGUUAAAUGCCUUAACAAAAUUUAUCGUAUAAUGAAUAUUUUUUAUAUUUGAUUAUUUUUAAUUGCUGGAAAACAUAAAAAAUUAAAUGACAUGGAAAAUAAGGAUGUUGUGGAUGCUUAAGAAUGGAGAAAAAUUGAAAUGAUGAGGUCUAAUUUGAGAGUUCUUAUUAUAUUUUACUAGGUUAUAAUCCGGCCUGUUGGCCUAAUAAGGAUAGUAUUGUGCAUGUUCAUAUUUGAGCAAAUAUAUUUUUCUUUGUCAACCAAUUCAACUUUGUUAACAAUCCUUUAGAAUAACACUUGGAGAGUGGGUGUAUAGGUCACACAAUCGGAGGAGUAUCAUCGUUGUUUAAGAAUCUGGAGCCACCUCCAAUUUCUUGUAUAUCCUAAUUCCCAAGCAACUAUAUAGAAUGAUGUUACUUUUCAUGCCCGUUCAUACAUUCAAAUUGUCUAUAGAAGUAUCCUUAAUCACAUUUGUAAAAUGGGAAUUAAGCCGAUAACAAAUGAUAAUGAAAAAUUAAAAUUUACUACUUUAACUUCCUGUAUAAUCUCAAUAUCUUAUUUUUCCUUUACGACAAACACAUCCAAUGAAUGCAUCACAAUAAAUGCUAAGUUAGAUG